AGCGAGCGAAAACAGCAAGUGAGAGAGCACUGACAAAAACACCGAUGGCACUACGAGACGAACUUCUGAAGUCAAUAUGGCAUGCUUUUACAGCGUUGGAUGUGGACAAAAGCGGAAAAGUGUCCAAGUCCCAGUUAAAGGUGCUGUCCCACAACUUAUGCACGGUGAUGCGGAUCCCUCACGACCCAGUGGCCCUUGAAGAGCACUUUAAGGAUGACGACGAGGGACCUGUUUCCAAUCAGGGUUACAUGCCUUACUUGAAUACGUUUAUUCUGGACAAGGUCCAGGACAACUUUGACCGGCAGGACUUUAACAGGAUGUGCUGGACCCUGUGUGCUCGCAAGAACCUGGAUAGGAGCAACCUUCUCAUCUCGGAUGACAGUGCCUUCAAGAUCUGGUGCAUCUUCAACUUCCUGUCCGAGGAUAAAUAUCCACUGACCAUGGUCACUGAAGAGAUUGAGUACUUCCUACGGAAGCUGACCGAGGCCAUGGGGGGCAGCUGGGUGGAGGAGAGGUUCGAGGACUACAAGCUGGAGCUGAGUGCCAAGCAGCAGUGUCUGAAUGCUUGGGAGCUGAUCCACUUGGUGGGCACUGGGAGCUUCAGCAAGGGCAUGGACCACCAGACACUUUCCAUGGGCAUCACCGAGGUCUACCAAGAGCUAAUCCUGGAUGUGCUCAAACAGGGCUACAUGAUGAAGAAGGGCCACAAGAGGAAGAACUGGAUAGAGCGUUGGUUCCUCCUGCGGCCCGACUCAGUUGCCUACUAUGUGAGCGAAGACCUCAUGGAGAAGAAGGGGGACAUCAUGCUGGACGAGAACUGCUGUGUGGAAUCAUUACCGGAUAAGGAAGGAAAAAAGUGCCUCUUCUACGUCAAGUGCUCUGAGAAAAGUUUUGAGAUCAGCGCAUCGGAUAAAAAGAGGAAGCAGGAAUGGAUUCAGGCCAUCCAGACGAGCGUUAGCCUGCUGAAGCUAGGCCGCCCGGCGCUGCAUCGCGAGUCGCGCCAGAAGCGUCGCGAACUCCGUCAGAAACAGCAGGCGGAGCAGGACGAGCUGGAGCUCAGGAUGAUGGAGCUGCAGACAGCCAAUGAGAACAAGCAGCAGGAACUGGAUGCCUUAAGGAAGCAACUAGACGAGGCAGCAGCCAGCGCAGCAGAGGAGGAGCGGAAGAGACAGCAGACCCAGACAGAGCUCCAGGACCGCUACAGGAUCGACCUGGAGAGAGAGAAAAUGGUGCGUCAGCAGAUGGAGGAGCAGGUGGCCCAGAAGUCCAGUGAGCUGGAGCAAUACCUGCAGCGGGUCAAGGAAUUAGAAGACAUGUAUCACCGCCUGGAGGAGGCACUAGAGGACGAGAGAAGUGCCAGGCAGGACGAGGAGACAGUGCGCAGGCUGCAGGCCCGGUUACUGAAGGAGGAAGCAGCGAAGCGGGCUGAGCUGGAGCAGAUCCACAUCCACCAGCAGAGGGCGAUCUCCGAGACUGAGGCAGAGAAGCAGCAGCUGGAGAAGGCCAGGCUGGCCAAGGAGAGCGCCCUGGAGGCCGCCAUGCUGCAACUAGGGCAGCUUGAGAGUGAAAGGCAGGGGGCGCUAGAGCAAUACCAGGAAGUGAUGAAGAAACUGGAGGAUGCAGCUAAUAACACCAGGACAUGGAAGCACAAAGUGGCCCACCACGAGGGCCUGGUCCGCCUCAUUCAACCAGGUUCCAAAGGAUCGCAGAAAAUGACAAACUGGGGCCCUGCAGCUUUCAGCGAGGGAGAGUUGAGCCUGAGGGAGAAGGACUGGCAGGAAAAGAGGAACAGGCCCCCCACUGAGGCACAGUAGUACCCCCCCCCCCCCCCCAACACACACACACAUGUCCACACAAGUGCCCUCCUGAACACACAUCACAACAAUGUUGUAGUACAGAUGUUUUGUUUAAUUGGCUCUGCACUGCAUCUGUAGUGAUUUACAUGUUGGUCUUUUUCUGGCAACUUUUUUACUGAAAGAAGUGAGAUAAUUUAGUUUAAGUAUAGUUAUUGUUGUGUGAUUCACUAACUCAUUGUCAUACUACUGCCAUAAAAAAUCCUUUACUUGGGUACCAUUCAAACAAACCUACAUAACAUUACAUGAACCUUUGCAUAAAAACACAAACAAAAGUAAUUUGAAGUCAGUUUUCUGGAAGCAAAUCAGUGACAUGUUUUGAAUUUUAAAAGGCAUUGAGUACUUAAUAUUGAAAUUUAAACACCACCGAAUUUGAUGGUUUUGAAUUAAUCUCUUUAAAUUUGAAAUAUGAAGUUAUUUCACUGAUUUGCUUCCAUAUAGCCUCACUUGAAACAUGGUUGCAAACUGUAGAAUGUAUGCACCAUUAUGAUCUACUUCUGUCUUGUCAUUGAAAUACUAUAAGAUUUUAUACUUUACGGUUUUUAAUACUUGUAAAUAGAAGACUGAACUCUGUAAUAAAGUGUAAACAUAUGCAAUAUAUAUAUAUAUAUAUAUAUAUAUAUAUAUAUAUAUAUAUAUAUAUAUAUAUAUAUAUUAGUGCACAGUGCCUGUGAUGAAGUCAAUGAUAUCGGUGACUCACAAACACACAUUCCUGUAAUUAUAGUGCAAUGUUCAUGUUUGUGCCUGUGAUAGAGUUGAAAGUUCUCAGUUGCUUUUUUACCUUCAUUUGUCAGAUCACAAUUGAAACUGUCAAAAUGACUUGUUAAACUCUUAAUCUGUUCAUUUAUGCAUAUCAUAAAAGCAAUUACUUAUUCUUA